AAUGCAAACUAGCGGUUAAUGAUAAAGCGUUCAAAUCGCUAAUUUAAAAAGAUUAAAGCUUUAUAUUUUAAAAAUUACGAUGUGAUGAUGUGAUGUUUCGAUUAGAUGAAAACAUUGAUUAAAAGAUGUCUUUAAAACAACUUACUCAAUUCAUCAUGGUACUCGUGUCCAUUCAGUUGUGCGUAAUGAUUCACUACUUCACGAGUACAUUGGGCGAGAAUAGGAUAACGUAUCAUAACAAAGUUACGUUCUACCCAGAUGUAACGUCAGAGAAAAAAAUUGGGGUGGAUGCGGAAAGUAAAAACAAAGACAGACCAAGAGUUAUGUACAACAGAAGCAAACAAACAAAACUACAAAAGAAGAAAAAGUUCAAGAAGUUACAACUUGGAAAGUUUCCAGUAAAUACACGCCAGCAGUUAGUAAAGCAAGGUUUAAAAAGAAAAGAAGUUCGAAAGACGGGAAGUGUAAAACCUGUCAAAAAAGAAAAAACAAUACGCAAAGAUAAAAAGAUUCGAUUCAAAAAAGAUAUUAAAAAAAUCAAAAUGAAUCCGAAAAGAGUAAAAAAAACAGGCAAAUUAAAGAAUCACAAAGUUAAAACAAAUUUGAUGAACAGUACAAAGACGAUACAUGCGCUCACCCGCGAAUACAUGCUUGCAGACGAGGUCAUUAUAAAAUGGUGGAAAAAAGAAUUCCCAGAUAUGUUGGACAUUAUGAAGGUAACAAAGAGAGAGAAAUAUCAAUUAAUUCUCAUCGUGUCUUCUGCCCCACUACGUACUGAUCGUAGAGAAGCUAUUCGACAAACAUGGUGGAAGCAAUGCCAGAAUUACAAGCAGGUAAGAUGCAUCUUUUUUACCGAUGGUACUGUUGAUGAUGACGGAAGCCGAAAAGAAUUAAUUAUUGAAAAUCGACAACACAAAGACUUGUUUGUCCAACCGUUACUAUCUGGUGUUCGUUUUGGAGAAAGGUUUUUAUAUCAUUUGCGAUGGGCUUUGCUAGCUUACGAUUUUGAAUACUUCAUGAGGUUAGAUGACGACCAGUUUGUUUGUUUUGAUGUUUUGAUGUAUGACCUUCAACAUAAGGUGCCGAAAACAAAUAUGAUAUGGAGUUGGAUUCAUUGUCAAGAAAAUGUCGUGCGACCAGAAGAAAGCUUUAUAGUCAUCUCCAAGGAUGUUGUUCAUAAGUUUUUGUCACAGCCAAAAGACACACUGCUUUGCCAUCCUUUUGCUGAUCAACAGAUUGCUCUAUGGAUACAAGAGCUGCAGAUAAAAAACAUAUAUUAUCACGAUAUACGCAUUCAUCAUGACCCUCCUGCGGCUAGUCUACCAUUUUUAUUUAAAAAAGAAAAUGUUUGUGAUGAAUAUAUAGCGUUACAUGGAAGCUAUCCAGAAUUAAUGAAAAUAUUUUGGAAAAAUAGAGGGGGAAGUGUUCAGACUUCAUACAGCUUUAAAAACUAUUGCAAUGUAAAAGAGGUGUUUGAUUUUCAGCUAUUGGAAUAUCAUUGGAGGUAUGAGCCAAGAUUGUGCUCUUCCAAACCCACAUGGGAUACUAGAAAAUUACUAGGAGACAGUGACAUGUAUUAUGGUCGUGAAGAACAAGUCAACUAUGGUAAUUUAUAUGAGGAUAGCGUUGUGGAGAUACCGCAAAAUAUACUUGAUAGACUUAAUAUAGAUAAAACGCAAGAGAAUAGUUACCGUGAGAGCCAGGAACAAGAUCUAUUGCAAAGGAAUCAGUUUGGUUCUGUUAAAGUUAACGAAGAAGAGAUUUUAAAUAUUGACCAACUUGAAAUCCGUCGCUUAAACACUGUUCUUGAGCAAUGCCUCGAAAGCCAACUCAAACUACAAACUGAGUAUAUGGAUUUGAAAGAGAAAUAUGAAGCGUUACGAAAACAGUAGAAACAAUGAUAGCAAAAAAAACGUGUUUCGCUAACAUUUUGAAAAUAAAAUGAAUGUUAGAGAUUUUUUAACGGCGUUUUCUUACUUUUGAAUUUCAUCCAAAUUAAAAUAAGUCGUGUUGUCGUAAUUCCAAAAAUACACCAUGUUUCCUUUUUUGAAAUGCUGUACUAUAUUUUCUCCCAUAUAAAAAUUUGUUUCAUGAAUAUUUCAUGAAUGUCUAUAAGGAAUAAUUAUAGAGCCAGCUUAAAAGUGUUAGAUAACAGUCAAA